AUGGCUAUGGAUGGGGCAGCUGAAAAAGGAUACAUUGAUAUUGUAAAGUUCCUUUAUGAGCAUCGUCAAAGUCAGGCAUGUUCACAAUACAUUAUUACAUAUGCAUGUUUUAAUGAAAACAUUGAACUAUUAUACUAUCUAGCUCACACGGUGACCAAUGUUCGUUGCCAUCCAAAAGAUUUGACACUUAAUCUAAUUGAAGAUGACGGAGAAGAUGAAGUAGCACAUCAAAUACCCAAUAACAACAUAAAGCAAAAGAAAACCAAGAGUAAAAUAUAUCAAUUUAUAUCAAGAAAAUGGAAUCAACUAAAAAAGAAAAGAUUAAAAUAA